CUCCACUACCGCUUCGCCGGAGAUCCCCACGCCUCGUCCCUCCCAGCGGCCCACCCCGCAUGCCGCCUGCGAGGAGCCUACACGCCGGAGUGCGGCGGCGCGGCGCGAUCCUCAUCCUUCUCUUCCCGCUGCUUCUCCUGCUGCUGCACCUGGUCUCCUCGCCCGCCCGCUCCCCGCCCGGGCCCUUCCCCGGCACCGGCGGCGGGGAGCCCCAGCGGCGGGCCUGCGACUACGCCUCCGGGGAGUGGGUGCCCGACGACGCCUCUUCCGGCGCGAGGUACGGCCAUACGUGCGGGGAGAUCUUCAAGGGGUGGAACUGCGUCGCCAACGGGAAGCGUAACGGCGAGGAGCUGCUCCGCUGGCGGUGGAGGCCCCGCGGGUGCGAGCUCCCCAGGCUCGACCCGCUUCGGUUCCUGGAACGCCACAGGAACACCAGCAUUGGAUUUGUGGGCGAUUCAUUGAACCGGAAUAUGUUUGUCUCAUUGGUUUGCAUGCUUAGGGGGGCAAGUCGGGAGGUUCGCAAGUGGCGUCCUGCGGGAGCAGACCGGGGUUUCACAUUCCUGAACUAUAACCUCACCCUGGCAUACCACAGGACUAAUCUUUUGGUACGCUAUGGUAGGUGGUCAGCCAAUCCAAAUGGGGGUCCCCUAGAAUCUCUUGGAUACAAGCAAGGCUACAGAGUUGAUGUUGAUAUUCCUGAACAAACAUGGGCAAAGGCUCCAAGCUUCCAUGAUGUUAUUAUUUUCAACACAGGGCAUUGGUGGUGGGCCCCUUCAAAAUUUGAUCCAGUACAGUCACCAAUGCUAUUCUUUGAGAAAGGGAUUCCAGUUUUACCUCCUUUACUGCCACCUGCAGGACUGGAUUUGGCUCUUAAACACAUGAUAAUAUUUGUGAACAAAGCAAUGAGACCCAAUGGGGUGAAAUUCUUCCGCACUCAAUCCCCUAGACAUUUUGAAGGUGGUGACUGGAAUGAAGGUGGAUCUUGUCAACGUGACAAACCCUUAUCAGCAGAAGAGGUUGAAGAACUUUUCUCCUUGGGCAACAAUGGCACAAACAUAGAAGCACGCUUGGUAAACCAGCACUUGAUGAGUGCUCUUGAAAAGUCUACUUUCAAAGUUCUGAAUAUCACUCACAUGAGUGAAUUCAGAGCUGAUGCUCAUCCUUCAACAACCGGUGGGAAGAAGCAUGAUGAUUGCAUGCAUUGGUGUUUGCCAGGACCAACAGAUACAUGGAACGAUUUGCUAGCAGCAAAUCUAUUGGCAGUUGCGAGUUAGUUUGACAAAACUGGAGACCUUUGCUUGAGAAAUUCUCCCGAGAUUUUUUGGGGUUACGAAUGUGAUGCAGCAUGAAGCAUCAAUUCGCGGCACGGCAUUGUUUUGAUCAAAGCUUAUUCACAGCAGCUUUGUGCAUAUAGGCGUUAAGAGUAUUGAUUAUGCUUAAACUGUAUUUUGACCAUGUAAAGUUAACUUCAUUUUUUUCUCUCUUUGUGUUUUUGGGUGUGGGUGAGGGUUUAUGGUUUUAUACUUCUGCUCAAAUUUGUCCGAGUGCUAGAGUAGGUUACAGUGAUCCUGUCUAUUUGAAGCCUUCCCGUUUGCAGUAGCAGAUUCAAAAGAGUGAUGAAAACUUGUGAGAUCCUCAUGACCAUACAAAUUUAAAAUAUAUAUUGGCAUUUGGUUGAUU